AGGCUGUAGGACGUAGGCUCUGCGAGCAGCAACCUCGGCAUGCUGGGAGCUGUAGUCGAGGGCCAAAGACUAUCCUAAUUGGCCACCUAAUGUCCCAUGGUCCUCACCACGACCCGUAGUCCGGGGCGGGACCCAAUGCACGCCGGAAGUUGUAGUCCUCUGGGGAUUAACUCCUCCGGAGGCGGCAGAAGAGCUUGUAGCCCAGGUGGCGCUGUAGUUUGAGUGACCUCGGCGGGAGGAGCCUAGGACCGACAGUCAUGGCUGCGGUGGCAGUGGCCGUUCGCGAAGAGUCCAGAUCCGAGAUGAAAACAGAACUUUCUCCUCGGCCAGGGGCAGCGGGGCGGGAGAUGACCCAAGAAGAGAAGCUUCAGCUUCGGAAAGAAAAGAAACAGCAGAAGAAGAAGCGGAAGGAGGAAAAGGGGGCAGACCAAGACGCUGGCUCUACCGUAUCUGCAGCUCAGCAGCAAGUAGACCCAACCAGAGAACUCCCAGGACCCGGUAGUCAGUCGGGAGGCACUGCUGGGGAGAAAGUUCCAGCUGGCCGGAGUAAAGCCGAACUUCGUGCUGAAAGGAGAGCCAAGCAGGAGGCAGAGCGGGCCCUGAAACAGGCAAGGAAAGGGGAACAAGAAGGGCCCCCUCCUCAGGCCUGCCCCGGUACAGCUGGAGGAGCCUCCUCAGGUGUGAAGCGCCUCCCUGAGCCCACCCAGGUCGAGGACCCCUCACCUCUGAGGAGGCUUAUUAGAAAGCCAGAGCGACAACAGGUUCCUACACGAAAGGAUUACGGAUCCAAAGUCAGUCUCUUUUCCCACCUACCCCAGUACAGCAGACAGAACUCCCUGACCCAGUACAUGAGCGUCCCAUCCUCUGUGAUCCACCCAGCCAUGGUGCGACUCGGUCUGCAGUACUCCCAGGGCCUCGUCAGUGGCUCCAAUGCCCGGUGCAUCGCACUCCUCCAUGCCUUGCAGCAGGUGAUUCAGGAUUACACAACACCUCCCAGUGAGGAACUCUCCAGGGAUCUUGUAAAUAAACUAAAACCCUACAUCAGCUUCCUGACCCAGUGCCGCCCCCUGUCGGCAAGCAUGUGCAACGCCAUCAAGUUCCUUAACAAGGAAAUAACUGGCAUGAGCAGCUCCAAGCGGGAAGAGGAGGCCAAGUCAGAACUUAGAGAAGCCAUCGAUCGGUAUGUGCAAGAGAAGAUCGUGCUUGCGGCUCAGGCAGUUUCGCGAUUUGCUUCUAAGAAGAUCAGCGAUGGGGAUGUGAUCCUGGUGUAUGGAUGCUCCUCUCUAGUGUCACGGAUUCUUCAGGAAGCAUGGGUUGAGGGUAAGCAGUUUCGAGUGGUGGUGGUGGACAGCCGGCCCCGACUUGAGGGAAGGCACAUGCUCCGUUCUCUUGUCCGUGCUGGGGUCCCAACUUCCUACCUGCUGAUUCCUGCAGCUUCCUAUGUGCUCCCAGAGGUUUCCAAGGUGCUAUUGGGAGCUCACGCACUCCUGGCCAAUGGAUCUGUGAUGUCUCGUGUAGGGACAGCACAGUUGGCCCUCGUAGCUCGAGCACAUAAUGUCCCAGUACUGGUCUGCUGUGAAACAUACAAGUUCUGUGAACGUGUGCAGACUGAUGCCUUUGUCUCUAACGAGCUAGAUGACCCCGAUGAUCUGCAGUGUAAGCGGGGAGAACAGGUGGUCUUGGCGAACUGGCAGAACCAUCCAUCGCUCCGGUUAUUGAAUCUGGUCUAUGACGUGACUCCCCCUGAGCUCGUGGAUCUGGUGAUCACAGAAUUGGGCAUGAUCCCUUGUAGCUCUGUGCCUGUUGUCCUUCGAGUCAAGAGCAGUGACCAGUGAAAGGGCAAGGGUCAAUAAAAACUUACUCCUGAUUGCCCUAA